AUGUGUCGUCUCUUGAACAUCCUGUUGGCUUCGCUGAGUCGCUUCCUGUUUGCAGUCCACGGAGUGGUGACAGUUUGGCGUGUGGUGGCCAUUAAAGGGGAGCCACUCUAUUGGCUGCUGCUGACGGGCGUGGCUCUGCUGGGCGUGGAAAUGGCUGUCACUCUGAAGUGCACUCGUAACGCAGAGUGGAAAUGGUUCUCCCCCAUGGUUUUCCUCUACCUCUGUACUGUCAUUCCAUCCAUUUGGUUUCUGGAGCUGAGCCUGCUACAGUCCAAGCUGCCCGUCAACAAUUCCUCAGGCCCUGAGCUCCAUUUGCUGGCUCACAUCCCGAUCACAGCGGGCAUUGUGGAGCUGGGCCCAGAGAACUGGGUGGCUGGCCUGGAGCAAACCAUGCUCAUAGUGUUGGUUCUGGGUCGCUGGCUGAUGCCCAAGGGAGACAUGUCCCGGGACCAGCUAUCGCAGCUUCUCAUGGUCUACGUGGGACUGGGCGCCGACAUCCUGGACAUCUUCGACACCUUCAAGGAACCCGAAGUCAAAACUAACCAGGCGGUUGUCAUCAUCGGCCUGGCCCUCUUCUCGUGGGCACUCAUGCAGUUUCCCUUGGUACUUACUCAGACACGACCCCAAAAGGGUGAGUCUCCUCAGAGGAGCAUGGGUGGUCUCUUUUGCUGCCCUGAAGCUCCACCAUCGUUCGCCUCCUGUUGCUCCAGUGAGGUGUGGAGCUUGCUGCUCACAGUGGGACUCCAAGACGGCCCAUUCCUGAUUUACCGGCUCUACCUCAUGGUUCAAGAGCAGGUACUCAACCAGCUCAUGAUCUUCUUCACCUGCAAGAACAUCCUCAUUGUCCUGUUGGAGCUUUACCGAAUCUUUGUGGUUCAGUGUGAGCAGCAGGUAGGGGAAUGUGGUUUGGAGAAGUGUGCUGCUCUGGAGCUCUGGUGUCGAACCCAGAGGGGUGGGGAGGUGGAGGAACAGGAGAAACAGGAGGACACAGGGAGAGAGGAGUGGUGUGGUGAGGAGAGCUGUCAUACAGACACAGUGAGGGGGACUGAAAUGGAGCGAGAUCAGAGAGGUGUCCAGGUAUAG